CUCAUGCAGAAAACUGAAAAACCCAGAAGUUUCCAUCAUCUGUGCAUAUGGUUGGCAGAAAUUUUCUCACUAUCUCUAGAUUUCAGGCGAAGAAAGUGAUUAUUCAGCAGUCAAAAUUAGACCGUGCAGUGCAGUGAACAAAAUUCUCUUUGUGCUCCAGUGUCUCUUUUGUCUCAUAUGCCAAAUAACUUUGAUUGAUUAUUUCAGCCCCAUACGCGAAUAUGCCAAAGGAUUUGCAAUUUCUUCAUAAUGUAGACUCUUUGAUGCGUACAGACAUUAUUUGUCAUAUGUGUAAGAGAAAACUAAAAAUGAAGCGGAGUAAGUCUCUUUCUCCUGAACCAUCUAGCAGUAGGGAUACAAAACGUGUGAGGCUUGAAGAAACUGCAGAAUUAAAUGAUGCAUCUUGUCCACAUAUUCUUGACUUUUCCGACGAUGUUUUACUCAAUAUACUGAAAUAUGUAGAUCCACAAGAUCUUCUGGCGGUCACCUUAUGUUGUCAGAGAUUUGCCCAAGUAGCGCAGGAUAGAACUCUAUGGAGAAAGGUUGAUUUUCGAUCAAAGCCUAUGCUUUGGGACGAUUUAAAAUGGUACCUCAAGUUCCUCCAACCUAUGACAACAAGUUUGGCGAUACGUGGCCAUUUAUUUUCCGGCAAGAAUUCAGCUCUCACACAACAUUUCUUCAGUAAUAUAAGAAUACUGUGCAGUCAGCUGAAAGAAUUGAUCAUUGAGGAAUAUCAGAUCAAUGGAGACAAGAUUCAAAUAACAGAUUUCCCGCCUACCAUUGAAAAGCUCUCGUUAGAAGGUUGCAAAAUGGAUUACUUGCAGAGUACUAAGUCUUAUUUUUUUAAAAUGGAUCUCCACAUGCCUAAUUUGACGUGCUUAAUUUUGAGCAAUUGCCAAUGGUUCACACCACAUUCCCUAUUGGUUAUUAGUAAAGUACCAAAACUUAGGGAACUCAGACUGAACUCGUGUCACCGUUUGGGCGAGUGUCUUGCGUAUGCUAGUCUAGCGACCAGAUUUGGAUUUAAAACAUUAGAGAUUUUAGACUUACGGGAUACAGCACUUGGCGAUAGCGAAGUCGGUUGUUUCAGCAGUACUAAAACUUUAACGCACCUGUAUCUGGAGUGUCCUUAUACAUUAAGAAAUGAAGAGUCGCCAGAGAUCGUACAACAGCGACAGCAACGGCAGCGGCAGGCUUUACAAUUACCUAUUUACCAAGAUGACAUUUUGGCGCAGUUUGUACCCGAGGAUGGAAUAUCUUUUGAGAACUACAAUCUCCAACGAUGUUUGAUAUCAGACAGAGCGAUCUGUGCGCUCGGGAGCGACACUUGCGACAGAAGGGUGAUAAAUAACUAUCCGCAUGGAAUGAUAAUAUUAGAAGAAGAUAGACGAAUAUUUAAUAAUCCAAACCUUAAGACAUUAGUCGUUAGAAAUUAUCCGCGUGUAACGAAUUCGAGUCUCAUUCAUUUAGCUUUAAACGCGCCGAGCUUGGAGUAUUUGGACGUAACUGGUACUUCUGUGACGAAGGCUGGUAUCUAUUGCUUUAAAGCGCGAAAACCCAAUGUUCAGGUCAUCUCGUCGUUCGAUGAGAUAUAGUUAAAGACACGUUUAGCGAAUUAGGAAUUAAUUAAGUAUUUAUUAUUACUUUCGUCAAAGCUGAUGCAUAUUACGCUUCGCGAUUAUAAGAUUUACCUGUAAUUAGUAUUGAAAUUAAUUCAGUGAGUCGAAAAUAAUUUCGUUUAACGAAGUAUAUGUUAUUAUUGGAAUAAAGAAGUAAAAUGGUAGCAUUUGCUUUAUUAUGGAGCUUCUUUAAUAGAACCAUUAUAAAUAUAUGAAUAAUGAAUGUGUGAGUCAUGUGUGAAAUAUUAAUAUUUCAAUUUUUUGUACAAUUACUAUAUAAAAGCAUACAUGUAAAACAUAGAAUGUUUAAUAUACUUAUGUGUGACGCGCGAGUGUAAGUUUGUGUAAAUAUCAUUAUAUAUAUGCUAAACCUUAUAUAUCUUUAGUUAAAUUUUUGCGUUAUCCUACACGCACAUGGAUUGUGUAUAUUACGUGUGCUAGAUUUUUAUGCCUUCAUUAAUGCCCUAGAUAAUAUGGGAAUUUCGCAUAUAGAUUGCGGAUAUAUAGACUCAGCAAAAUAACACCUGAUGCUGAGGGAAAAUUGUUAAAAAGAGUAGUACAACAUAUACGAUAAUUCGAAAACUGUUCGUUUGCGAUUCCAUGUACACUGGGAUGUUUUUGCUUAUUUUAGUUCAUAUUUUUCACCUUUACAUUAUUGAUAAUCAUUUUUCAAACACUUUUUAUUUGAUACUCAUUACAACAAUGCGAAAUUCUGACAUCUUACUGUACGCGACAAAAGAAAAUAUAUGUGCGCGCGCGCGCGUGUGUGUGUGUGUGUGAGAAAGUAAUUGAAGAAUAAGGUGAGGAGAAUGAGAAGACACAAAGAAUAGUGGCAUAUGUAGAUUGUGUUGAGGUAUGUAGGAAUAUUUGCAUAAAAUAGGUGCACAUAUGAAGUACGUUGAGAUAGUCGCAUCGCAAAUAUUAGUAUAGAGGAAGUGCGGGUAUUAUGGAAUACCGUAAAGUUUUUUAAGAUAAACCGAAAACUACUAAAGAUAACUGAAAUUAGUUUUUAUUGAGUUGUAAUGUCAAGUGUUUUUUUAUAAUAUUUUCCUCUCUCUCUCUCUCUCUCUCCAACGGAUUUCGUUUAUCUAUAGUAAGUGUAAUGUUAUAUCAAUUUUUUUGAAGGUAAAUUUUGGAAAAGUAAUAUGAAAUGUAUGUGUUUUGAAGGUAAAUUUUGGAAAAGUAAUAUGUAAUAGGUCUGGUAAAGCGAAAUACCUCAUUUAUUUUGUAAAAACGUAACUUAUCUCGUAUUUCGAUGAAUAUCAAUGAUGAUUUAUUAUAUUAUAAUCUAUUAUAAAUUUAUAUUUUUACACUUUCUGUUAUAAUAAUGUUAUAAUGUCUUCGAAAAUCUAGUGUCUGAGGUACCAUCAGAAAGAUGGUCAAAAUGUUUCGACGAGUUAGUUUCAUCAAAUGAAAAAGUAUAUUAAUUGUGAUUAGUUAUUAAUUAAGAUUAACGGUGAGUAUUUUGAGAAACA